ACAGCCUCCAAACCUGUCGGUGCAGUGCAGGACUGAGCGCUCGCUCUACGCUUUACUCCUGAGUGCUCAGUGUGUGUUUCUGGAGCGUUCAGUGUGUGUUUUAUUUCUCAGUUCAGAGAUCAGAGCCGGUUGGAGACAUGCAUCAGGGGCGUCUGCGCUUACGGCCCUGGCUGGAGGAACAGAUCCAGUCCGGCAGAUACCCGGGAGUCCAGUGGCUGGACCAGUCGGCCAGAGUUUUCCAGAUCCCCUGGAAACAUGCAGCGAGACACGGCUGGAACAUUGACAAGGACGCAACACUGUUCAGGAACUGGGCCAUUCACACAGGCAGAUAUAAGCCUGGAAUAGACAAACCGGAUCCUAAAACGUGGAAGGCGAACUUCAGAUGCGCUCUCAAUUCCCUGACCGACGUCAAAGAGCUGCAGGACAGAAGCAUCAAGAAAGGCCACAACGCCUUCAGGGUGUACGCGCUGCUGCCGCACUGCAAAACCAUCAGGAGACGCAAAGCGUUACGGUAUUCAGACACAGACAGUAAAGAAGCUUCACCUGCAGCACAAACACAGAGAAACUCCCUGGAGAGAUUCACAGAGGCCUUCUGGAAGUUUCCAGAUGACAGAGGAGCGUCUGCUGGACUGAUGAAGGACUCAGAGGAGGAGCGAGCGCAGGGACUGCAGAUCAACAGAACAGACGAACACGAGCAGACAGAAGCAGUGCUGAAGAUUGUGGAUCAUCUGAAGACUCUGGAUCACUGGGCUUCCUCAUAUGACGGCGAGCGAGGCUGGAGACCCAACUCCACAUGGACGGGGUGCCUGGGAGAGACGGUGGACUUUCCAGGAUUCUCCUUUCAGACUGACUGUAAUCUUCACACUAUUUCACCAGCACAGUAUGACUAGAAGAUCCGCCACUUCAUCUGAAGGAAAAGCUCAGCAGUGCAUGAACAGCUCAGAGACUGUGAAAAACAUCCAGGAGGAUUUUGAGUUUAACUUGAAAUGAUUUCUGUAUUUCCUGAAAUGAAUCUGCAGUUCACCUUCAGCACAUCUACACUGCAAAAACUGCAGCUCUUACUCAGUGUGUGUGUGUGUGUGUGUGUGUCUUGUUUCUAGUACAAAUAUCUAAAAACUCUGAAAUCAAGAAGCAUUUCUAAACGAGUAAACAGCAUAUUCUUGUGUUCAGAAAUACUGAAGAGAGUAAAACAAGCAAAAUAAUCUGAGGAAUAGGGAGAAGAGUUUUCCUUUUGACAUUAGGAUAUUUUGCUGGUUUUGACUCAUUUCCAAACACAAAAACAUUUAUAAUUUGUCUAGAAAAUGCUUGAUGUAUUAAUAUUAAGAUAUUUAGACUAGAACAAGACCAAACCCAAGAAAGAGAAGCGUUUCUGCAGUGUAAUGAUGGUGAAUCUGCACAUCACUCUUCAGCCACACCAUAUUUAUAUUAUAAUAAAUCUUUCUUUGACUGUUUGCUGUCA